ACGUCUCCGCCGCCGUUGAGAAUUUUCCGGCGAAGGUAUAGGCCCUACAGCGUUUAUCCAUCAGCAAUAUAAAAUCAAAUCGCACUCAACUUUUCCCAUUUCUCUCCUAAUGGAUUUCUUCAAAUCCGUAUUCGCCGACGAUCCAGAAUUUUCCGAUACCGAUGAUGCCCCUACUUCUCCAUCAUAUUCUCAAUCUCAACCAGAAUCUCCAAACCCUAACCCUAACCCUAACCAUGAUGUUCCAGCCAUAACGAACGCAUGGACUUUCGGUUCAACUUUGUUCAGAACCAUAGCAUCGAAAUCGGAAUCCGUUGUUCAAAACUAUCGCCGCGAUUUCGAGGAAUUCAGCUCCGGGUUGAAAAUUGAAACCGCUACAAUCCGUGAAGUAGCUAGCCGAGCCGUUAAGGACUUGCCGGCUAGGUUUGAAUCAGGCGCCGCCGUUGCACAGGAAUCGCUAGAAUCGGUUGGACAAGCUAUUGAUAAUAUCGGCUCCACUGUAUCGGAGAUUAUUGCUCAUGGUAAGGAGUCGAUCCUUGAUAAUGAUUCUGACAGUGAAUUAUCUGAAAAUAGCAGUAGGAGUUUAGGGAGAAGUAGUAGUUUAGAGCAAAAUUUGAACUUGAAUACCAAACCUUAUAGUAGAAUUGAUGCAACAAUUCGAGCGAUCCAGUGUGAUGCGAAAACGUAUUGCGAUGAACCCGAUGAUAUGAUUGAUUAUAAUGAGUGGAAAUUGGGAUUUGUAUUAGAGGAGAUGAAUGGGGAAAUUGAGGAUUUGAUGAAGGAAAAUGGUGUAAUAAAUGAGAUUUAUAGCGAGGUGGUUCCGAGUAUGAUUGAUCAAGAGACUUUCUGGAGUAGGUAUUUUUACAAGGUUUAUAGAGUAAGGAAAGCUGAUGAAGCAAGGGCAAGGCUUGUGAAGAGGGCGAUCUCGGGUGAGGAAGAAGAGGAACUGAGUUGGGAUGUUGACGAUGAAGAUAAUGAGGAUACGGAAGGGAGCAACGGUGUUGCAAGUGAAAAUGUAGCGAAAGAAGAAGUUGAGAAGAAAAUGGAUAGUUUACAGGUUGAUGACAGGGCUAGGAGUUCGGUAAGUAGAGAAGACGAGAAAGAAACAGCUUUGGAGACAACAAGUGAUGGCGGGGAUGAGAAAGGAAUUUUGGCAGGGAGGGUUGAUGAUAAGGGGAGUUCAGAAGGUAAGAAUGAUAACAGUGAUUUUUCAGUUAUUUCCAGCCAAGUGUCUUCGCACGAGGGAGAUGACCUUGGGUGGGAUGAGAUUGAAGAUAUUGCAAGUGGUGAUGAGAUCAAGGUGCCCGAGAGAAUGAGCCCGAACAAAGCUGAUUUGAGGAAACGUUUGAGUGCUGCGGAGGACGCACAUGAGGAAGAGUUAUCAUGGUAUAGUGAGGAUGAUGAUGAAGAAGCUGCCAAAUCAUGAUAGUAUGCUCAUUGUGCUUCUAAAGUUGUUUACUUGCUCUCGGCUACUAUUAUAGUUUUACUUUCCAAGUAUUCGAUAGAGAUGCAGCAGUAGUUAUUCUGGAUUUUAUUUGAUG